AUGGGCUACCUGCAGCGGCGGUUUCUCGUGCAACGGGUCACCAUGGCAGUCGACAAUCCCUCGUACUUCUCGUUGUCGAGCGGCGGUGCAGCGUCGUCGACCGCCCCGACGUCGACAACGGGGGUCGUCGCGUUCCAGCCGCCCGCGAAGGGUCCGUCCGGGUUGACAGCCCUGUUCAGACGUCGACCCAGCAAGAUGGGAACCACAUCGUCCGCGAGCGUGGUCUCGACGUCGACUGCGAGCACCACCGUGGUGCACCAAGAAAGCAAUCGCAGCAGCGCGUCAGGAGGAUCGACGCCGUCGACGCCAACCGAGGAACGGGCCCCGAUGCUCGCGCGAAACGGAUCUGGUCAUCCAGGUAACAAUCCGGCCAACCAGAGACGAAGCUUCCGGAACCUGUUCAGAUCGGUCAGCGCGAACGCAGAGAACGAGAGGACCCAGCAGAUCCUGAAGGGCGAUCCUAGACCAUCCGAUGUCGCACCACCUUCGCCCUAUCUGCCUCACAGGUCGCAUUCGCACUCUGAGAAUGACAGACGACGACCUGGUCGUAGUAGAACGGUCCUGAAGUCGGCCAGCGAGUUGCUCUCAAAUGAUAUGGUGUACUGUGGCCUGGCUGGGGACAGUCGUCAUCAUGACGAUGACGAUGACGAUGAUGACGACGAUCCUGACUCGAGCGAGGUCUUCAUCGGCGUCGAUGACGCCAGGUACUACAACCUUUCGUCGACCCUACCGGUGGCAGGUUCGGCAGCCGCAGGCCGAAGGAGACAUUCGAUCGGCACCUUUCUGGGCAAAGAUCGAGGACCGCCCGCAAGAGACAAUCCUGCUAGAAGGCAACACAAGAAUUCGACGACUCUGAUGGAACCAGAUACAAUGGCGCCACCGACACCCGUGGACACCGUCGACGGUGUCGAGGACAGAAAGGACAGAUCCUGCAGCAGAUCGAGACGCAGGCGACACCGUAGCUCUUCCAGCAGGGGGUCCCGUUCAGCGACCGGGCUUUCGAAGAUCGACACGCACCUUGAAGACGACGUGCUCUUCGUGUCCAGCAAGGACAGCGAGAUCUCGAACCUGUGGGUGAAUUACCUCACGGCGUGUUUCGAGCAGAUCAGCAGACAGCAGGGCCGACCGCCUUUCAAGGUUCGUCACGUCACCGUCGAGGACGCAAUUCCGUCUGGUACGGAGGACAGGGUCAGAUCUGCCCGUCUGCAGAUCGUGGUCGUGUGCCCGGUGCUCUUGGAGCGGGUUCAGAGCCGUCCGGAGCACGCGACCAGCCUCUCCAGGCAGCUGGCCACUGAAAAAGUGCUCGCGAUGAUGUUAGGUGUCCACGACAGCCACAUCACCGACACCCACAAGUCGAUCCUGGUCACGUACAAUCAGUGGCGGAAAUUCUUCGUGAAGGACCAGGACGAGACGUUCGUCGGUGAACUCCUGGGAGCCGCAGUCGGUAUACUCGGCACUGCGCCUCCACCUGCGUUGAGGAGCGACAAGACAACGUUCUCGGUCCAUCCGAAGAAAGUGAAGCUGGGUCACAACAGGAUAAUCGCGCUGCUGAACGAUCCCCUGCGACCGGAGGACAAUGUGACGGUGAUCGUGGAUCGCUGCGGGGAGGCGAUCGACAUCGCCCACGUGAAACGACGUAACCCGUAUGCCCUGCAGUUCUCCAUCCCCGAACGAUGCCUGGAAGUGUCGAUGCUGGUCGGGGUACGGAUAACUAAGAACGGUUGUCCUCUGGGAGUGAGACAGGUGAAGUGCGAGAGCAGGCUCAGGGAACUCGAUCAGAUCCUUCGUGCCCACGACAAUCCCUUGGAAUUCAUGUGCCAGACAUUCGGCUUCAAUCCGGGUGAUCGCGAACAGUUGGACAACUGGAUGGUACACGCGUUUCAACGGAACGUACCGCCACAUUUUAAUCUUCUGUCCACACCCAGCGGUGUGGUGUCCGCGCAGAAGGUUCAUUCGAGAAGGCUAGUUGGUCCCGAAGAGAAUCCGACGUUGCUGCACUUCGCCGCCCGUUUCGGCCUGGAGAGGCUCGCCUGGCAGUUGCUCGAGUGUCCAGGCGGCGACAUGGCUUGCGAUCUUAGGAACGUAUCGGAACUGACGCCAGCCGAUCUUGCGGAGCAAGCGGGUCACGUGAGACUGGCCCACCAGCUUCGCGGCUACAUGCAAAUGAACGAGUUCACCAACAUGUACAGCUACCUGAAGGUGAUCAGCGAGACGACGACAGACCAACCGGCAGGCGCGGACCCAUCAUCGACUAACACGACCAACGACGCGAAUAACGACAAGGAAGAUUACUGUCGUCCACGACCACUGAGCGAAGCUUAUUCGGUGCCACCGGCCGCGAGACCAAUAACGUCUCUGAUCCUGCCAGGCCAAUUACCAGUAACACCUAGCCCGACCACCACUAACCCCAUUGAGGCAAAUUACUCCAUCGUGCCGGCACCGACUCCCGUCGUCGUCAGUCCUUCAACCCCCACGGCUCCGGCCAACACCCCGAACGGCCUUGAACUACCCCUUCAAGGCUACAUGAAAAUGCACCCAGCUGGACCCAAGACUCCCGUGUCUAACGUAGCCAGCCAGCAGCCGUCCAGGACGGCGACGCCCACCCAUGAUCGUCACGAGGCUCACCAUGGUCGUCGCGAAGAAAACUGUCACUCCUCGUGCACGUACGGUCGGACAACGUCGAACUCCAGCACAAAGUCCAGGGAACCGUCGGGCCCGCAGGACGAGCUGCUCGAGAUCAUAAACGACUUCAAGAACAACGUGUUCACGAUCACCGAGGUCGAGAGACUCGUGGAGAACUGGCGGAACCGGAACGACGUGCAACAGAGUUUCAAGGACAAACAGAGGCAGCUGACAGCGAUGAGAGAGGAGUACGAGAGGAUACAGAAGCGACUGAAGGAGGAAAUGAAGGCACCGACCCCUUUCGACCGGAUCAGGAAGUUCUUUUCAAAGGGGAAGAAAGACUUAAAGGACUCUGUGCACGCUAAUGACGACGCGUCCACCGCCGGCAAACCUGAAACCGUUAAUGGCGGCCUGGCGGACCGUAGACCAGUCAGCAGCUUGAGUCUUCGUAGUGUAUCGAGCUCGUCUUCGUCCGGUAGAAUGAGCACCGUGAGUGGUUGCAGCGGGACCAGUCUGGGCGACAGCGGGACCCAUUCCGACACCGAGGAUAGAAGACUGCAAAAUGCACGAGAAGACAAGCCAGGCGUGAUGUCGUACGAAAUACCACCAGCGCCGAAACCGUUCACCGGCAGGUAUUCACCAGCGCUCAGGUAUUCACCAUCGCCCCGUUCCUCGACCGGAAACGAUCUCGAUCUCAGACCGACGCAGCUACCCUCGAGGACAGAGGACAACGAGUAUUACAUCGCGUUCCCACCGUCAGGACUGCCUGUUCAUUCAUUCAAGCCAGACCACACCCUGAAGGAACCGAAGACCCCGAGCUCCCCGUGCGACCAUCCCAAGUACCUGGAAAUGAUGCAGACCCCGUCACCAGCCGUCAUUGACACACCGGAGCCGGAUUCGUCGAGGCAUCCAGGGACCAGUUACGCAAACAUCGACCCGGUGACGUCGAGUACAGGGCCAAUCCCUCCACCGGGCAUGUGCAUUCCCGCGAACUACAUGAACGUGACGCCUUCUGGACGCGUCACACCGUUCCCGGAAACGGUCCAAGGCCAACGGACCGGCGAGCAGAGACACUCGACGGAUCUGACCCAGACCACGGAGUCCUCGAAGAACUCGGCCAAGGUCGAGGCUCCGACACGACCGACGGAACUCAAGAUUCCAGGUGACGGUCAAUGUCAAGCUAUGAACACUAUCGAGAGCAAAUGUCACGAGGAGUAUGUGGAAACGGACCUGGUGAACGGUUCCGGUGACACGGACGUCACGGAUGGCGCAAGAAUGCCUGAUUAUAUGAACGUGGAUCUGUCACAGGACCUCAAAUUCGCCGGCAAGAUGGCGCCCGCCCCGCCUGUACCACCUAGAGAACUCGACGAUUCGAGGAUCAUUGAUGAAAGUCCUCCAUGA